GCCCUUUCAACUAUCACAUGUGUUGCAUGCUGGAAAUAAAUGAAUGUACUUUUUCUGUGAUAUUAAUGAGAGUGAUGAUAAUUUAAAUCAUAUAACACGUAGGGAACAACCACCAAUAUGAAGUUUGCUUACAAGUUUUCCAAUCUCUUGGGAGCUGUGUAUCGUCAUGGAAAUCUGAGUUUCUCCAAAGAUGGCAACUCUGUGAUAAGUCCGGUGGGAAAUCGGAUCUCUGUAUUUGAUCUAAAAAACAACAAGUCCGAGACCCUGCCGGUGUCCACAACUAAGAACAUCGCCUGUGUCGGUCUCUCCCCUGACGGGAACCUGGCCAUACUGGUGGAUGAAGAUGGCGCGGCCUUGUUGGUCAGCCUGAUCACAAAGGCAGUUCUGCAUCACUACCACUUCCACAAACCUGUUGCCAGUGUCCGCUUCUCUCCAGAUGGCAGGAAGUUUGUGGUGACUAAGGACAACGUGGCAUUGAUGUACCAUGCACCUGGGAAGAACCGAGAAUUCAAUGCCUUUGUUUUGGACAAGACCUACUUCGGGCCGUAUGAUGAAACCACCUGCAUUGACUGGACAGACGACUCCAAGUGCUUCGUGGUGGGCAGCAAAGACAUGUCUACCUGGGUGUUUGGAGCCGAGCGCUGGGCUAAUCUCAUCUACUAUUCUCUGGGUGGACACAAGGACAUCAUCGUGGGCUGCUUCUUUGAGAAGGACAGUUUAGAUUUGUACACCGUGAGCCAGGAUGGGGCGAUAUGUGUGUGGGAGAGUGACACUGAGCUUGAUGGACUGGUCUUGAGGAAGACCCAGGAGACCAAGAGACCAGUAGAGGGGGAGGAGGAAGAGGAGGAGGACAGGGGAGAAGGAGAGGAAGGGCAGCCCAGGGGGGAGGUGAUCAGAGGGAAAACGGACGGUCCCGUGGAGAAAGAAGGGACCAAAAACGUCAGAUACAAACAGAGGAGCAAACACUUCUUUAACAAGGAGGGCAACUUCAACAACCUGACGGCAGCAGCGUUCCACAAGCCCACGCACAUCCUGGUGACCGGGUUCGCGUCGGGCGUCUUCCACCUCCACGAGCUCCCGGACUUCAACCUCAUCCACUCGCUGAGUAUAUCCGAUCGGAGGAUAUCCACGGUGUCCAUUAACAGCUCUGGUGAUUGGAUAGGCUUUGGUUGCUCAGGUCUGGGCCAGCUGCUGGUGUGGGAGUGGCAGAGUGAAUCAUACGUGUUCAAACAGCAGGGACACUUCAACAGCAUGGCUGCCCUGUGCUACUCACCUGACGGACAGUAUAUUGCUACAGGAGGGGAUGAUGGGAAAGUGAAAGUGUGGAACAUAUCCAGCGGCCUGUGCUUCGUCACGUUUACGGAACACACCAGCUCCGUCACGAACGUCACCUUCGCCUCCAGCGGCUUCGUCAUCGUCAGCGCCUCCCUAGAUGGGACCGUCCGGGCCUUCGACCUGCACAGGUACCGUAACUUCCGGACGUUCACGUCUCCUCGGCCGGCACAGUUCUCGUCUCUGGCUUUGGACCCGAGCGGGGACUUGGUAAGUGCCGGGGCUCAGGACUCCUUCGAGGUCUACAUCUGGUCCAUGCAGACGGGACGCCUGCUCGAGGUCCUAGGGGGCCACGAGGGCCCGGUGAGCUGUCUAUGCUUCAGCCCGGUGCAGUCCGUCCUGGCCAGCGUGUCAUGGGACAAGACCGUGCGACUCUGGGACAUGUUGGACAGCUGGCAGACCAAAGAGACGCUCCGUCUCACCUCAGACGGUUUGGUCGUGUCAUACCGACCAGAUGGUAAGGAGUUGGCCGUGGCCACUUUGGAUGGAGAGAUCUCCUUCUGGAACCCCCAGUCGGCCAAUCAGACCGGCUCGAUCAGCGGACGCCACGACCUGCAGAUGGGGCGCAGGGAGACCGACAAGAUAACAGCCAAACAGUCCGCUAAGGCCAAGUCUUUCACGGCGCUGUGCUACUCUGCCGAUGGGGAGUCCAUCCUGGCUGGAGGACAGUCCAAGUUUGUCUGCAUCUACCACAUCAGAGAGCAGAUCCUCAUGAAGAAGUUUGAGAUCUCCUGCAACCUGUCCCUCGACGCCAUGGAGGAGUUAUUGGACCGUAGGAAAAUGACAGAGUUUGGGAGUUUGGCGCUGGUGGAUGAGGGUGUGGGCGACGGGGACGGCGUUGAGCUCAGCUUGCCGGGGGUUAGGAAAGGAGACAUGAGCUCGCGGCGCUUCAAGCCCGAGAUCCGAGUGAGCUCUCUUCGCUUCUCUCCUACUGGUCGCAGCUGGGCCGCCACGUCCACAGAGGGAUUGAUGAUCUACUCUCUGGACGGCGCACUGGUGUUCGACCCCUUCGACCUGGACCUGGACGUGACUCCGGCCAGCGUCCGCCGCCAGCUGCGCCAGGCCGAGUGGGCGGCGGCCAUCGUGCUGGCGUUCCGCCUCAACGAGAAUGCCCUCACGCAGGAAGUCGUCGAGGCAGUGCCGUACCAGCAGAUCCCUGUGGUGUGCAGUUCCCUGCCUGAUGUGUAUGUGGAGAAGCUUCUAGACUUCAUAGCGUCAGUCCUGGAGAGGUGUGGUCACCUCCAGUUCUACCUGACCUGGGCCCAGUCUCUCCUCACACAAAACGGGCAGAAACUGAAGAGCAGGUCCGGGGCCAUUCUGCCUACCAUUCAGUCACUGCAGAAGAGCAUCCAGAGACACUUUGAGGACCUGUCAAAACUUUGCGACUGGAACAUGUACAACAUCCGCUACGCUGUGGCCAUGUCGAAGCAGAGGGGCGUGAAGAGGACAGCGGAGGAUGUUCUCUGUGACAACGAGGAUGAGGAGGGCAGCGACUCUGAGGUGUUGAGCGAGGCCUCGCUAGAGGAGACUGACAUGCUCAUGUAGGACUCAGCCACAGCCAGCUGGAAGCGGCCCGCUCGCCUUCAUCCACUCUAAAUAUACAGUACAGCUAAAAAGAACCAUUCAGAUCAAUGGGCAAGUGUGGCCCUAGUACUGUAGGUACAGUAAAACCAUUCAGAGAGUCUUCUGACUGGUGAAGGAACAAGGAGGGGAAGCCGGUCAAGUUCUUUGACUUAGCUUAACCAAGUUCUGCAUUAGUAUCUACAUUUAGCAUAUGACAUAUAAAGCAUUGAAUACAUACUUGUGUAUGCAAUUACUAGAGGAUGUUCUUAAGGACACAGAAUUUUUGUCCAAGAGAUUGGUGUCUCCAAGGUGACUAUCACAUUGGGCCUGUCCUGGUGUAGUCUGGGAAAUCAAAAUGGCCACCUGCUAGUCAAAGGACAAUGACACUGCUGCCCAACUGCCAUAAGAUUCCCUUGUGCUCUGCUGGUUUAAAUAUGUUUUAGCCCCUCCUGCCUUGAGUGUCCAAACUAAGUCAGUAAUGUAAUAUUGUUUUAUAAAGUACAUUUUGUCAAAAAGGACUGAUUUGUUUCAUUUGCAUGUUAAUAACUUACACGAAAUUGCACUGAAAAAGGACAAUUAUUAACAAACCAAAAGUGCAAAAUAUUAUUGUGAAUGUACACUGUGUAAACAAUGGGUGGGUUAGAAUGUCUCCUUUCAAAAGGCAACACAAAAGAAAAUGACUAGUUUGUAAA